UACAGCUUUAUUAAUAAAGAGUGUAGUAAUGAAGUAAUUUAUAAAUGGUUUAUAGUAAUCUGAAAGUUUGUUAUGGUUAGUUAGACCAUAAUAUAAGUCAACAGGAUUAAAUGAACCAGUUGUAUUACAAAAACUGACUAUAGCUUUUUAGAGAAACAUUUAAACAUUUGAUGUAUUCUUUCUCCGUUUUGUAUUAUUUAUGUGUGUCCUGUUCUCGUUUCUCACUGUAUUAAUAAACACGCACGUUUAGAAUGAACAAAACACUUAUUAGCAUGCAUAUAUUACUAGAAUAUUAGCCAUUUAGGAAAAAGUCGUAGUUAACGGUUUAAAAAGUGUUCCCAGUAUUUUGUAUUCGUGACAAUACAAACAAUGUAUCGCCAAACAAUAGUGUUUACGUUUUAUACAGAAUAGAUAUGUAUCAAAUUCUUCACAUUUCUGUCUCUCUCACACACACACACACACACACACACACGAAAAAAGACACGAGUUUUAGGCAUCAGUCCAUUUAUCUUAUAAUUCCCCUUAUCUAUAUAAUGUUAUAAUGUUAAACUGAAUUAUAAUAACAGCAGUCGUUCUCACAAACGUGUAUUUUUCACUAUGGCCUUUGGCUGGACAAACACCUAAUGCUCAACCCUGUUACCGUGAGUUAAAAGAGUGUUUUCAGAAACAUCACCAUUAAGAUCUAGAUUACAGACACCUCGCAGGGUCAAGACCUCGAGAGAAAAAGUCCACCCUGUUACUCUGACACAUCUCAGCUCAUUAACAUAUUCAUGUGUUUUCUGAGAAUGUUCACAAUCCUACAAAGCACCAAAGGUUAUCCCCUCUAAACGAGCCAGUAUUUAUUCUGCAAUUUCUGUUUCGUAAAGUUCAAGUUCAAAGUCUGGCAUAUGUUGAAAGGACAAAAAAAAAAUUAUUUGUUUCAAAUAACGGUUAUGCUUUCUUUCCACAUUAAACACAAACAGACCCCAAAUCACUUUUCCGCAGUUUUCCAGCUCUUUGAAAGCCCCUCCAAACUCAGCCCCAAAUCACAGCGCUGCUCUCGAGGGGAGAAAGUUUCUAGACCUCCAAAUGUCACCUGAUAAAUUUCGGUGGGCAAACUGUUACAGCGCUCUCUCCCCAACCCCUGAGAAGUACGAGGCCCGCCCACCGCAGGCAUCCAGCUCGGGACCCCAUAUAGAUUUAAAAAGCGCGACGGAGUCGGUGUGUGUGACAGUCGGGGAGCGCGGAGCUUCGGGAGAACAUCUGUCCGUCUGUAGUCCGUCUCCACUCUCUCUGAGGAUGCUACGCUUACCGCAGCUCCGGCAGGGCGCCAUCGCGCUUCUCGUGUGGUUCGCGCACUUGAUGGAGCAGCAGAAAGUACAAGCUGGCAACUGCUGGCUUCAGCAGGGCAAGAACGGGAGAUGCCAGGUCCUCUACAUGUCUGGGAUGAGUCGGGAAGACUGCUGUAGAAGUGGCCGUCUGGGCACGGCUUGGACCGAGGAGGAUGUGCCCAAUAACACACUCUUCCGGUGGCUGAUCUUCAACGGCGGUGCACCGAACUGCAUACCUUGCAAAGAGACUUGUGAUAAUGUGGACUGCGGUGCUGGAAAGCGGUGCAAAAUGAACAAGCGGAAUAAGCCUCGCUGCGUUUGUGCCCCGGACUGCUCCAACCUCACCUUCAAAGGGCCCGUGUGUGGCUCCGAUGGGAAAACGUACCGGAACGAAUGUGCCCUCCUGAAGGCCAAGUGCAAGAGACACCCGGACCUGACUGCUCAGUACCAGGGAAAAUGCAAAAGAUCGUGUUACGAUGUGCGCUGUCCUGGGAGCUCCACGUGUGUGCUGGACCAGACCAACAACGCUUACUGCGUGACCUGCAACCGGCUCUGCCCCGAGGUGACCUCCCCGGAUCAGUACCUGUGCGGGAACGACGGCAUCGUGUACUCCAGCGCCUGCCACAUCCGAAGGGCCACGUGCAUCAUGGGACGCUCCAUUGGAGUCGCCUACGAGGGGAAAUGCAUAGACGCCAGGUCCUGCGAAGACAUCACAUGCCGGGAGGGCCGGACGUGUCUGUGGGACAAGCGGACGGGACGGGGACGCUGCCUGGUCUGCGAGGACACGUGUCCCGAGGGCCGUCCGGGGGACAGCGUCUGCGCCAGCGACAGCGCCACCUACCCCAGCGAGUGCGCCAUGAGGCAGGCCGCCUGCUCGCUGGGGCUGGUCCUGGAAGUCAAGCACUCGGGCUCCUGCAACUCUCUCUCUGAAGAGACGGGUGAAGAGGAGGAGGAUGAAGAUUACACGGACUAUAGCCAUGUGUCUCUGUUACGGACCGGAUAAACCAUCGCCAGCAGGACUCCAUUUGUGCUCAGCGGUGUGUUCAUAUUGUACAGACGUGUACUCUUAUUUAUUUUCCACAGACACGUGGGAGAUGCUUAUUGUUGUAGAUGUUUAUUUAUACAUUUUUGGGCUUUUUUUUUAUUUAUACAGUUAUAGUCUGAAUAAAUGAUCUCUCUCGUCUUUUCUUUGUCGUCUUUGGAAGAAUAUUAUUUAUUAUAACGUGCAAUGUGACUCUGUGUAAGAUAAAUGUGUCGGGUUUUGUGUAACGAACAAACGAACAAACAAAAAAAAAGUCAGUUUUUGUCAUUUCCCUGAAGGAAGUCUGCGGCGAAACAUGCAUGUGUUUUAUUUAUGAACCUAAUGCUCACUAAUAUUUGUAGAUCUGGAGUGGUUUACGAUCAUAUCUGACAAAAACAGCUUGUCAGUAAAAUAUAUGUCUGACUUGUUUUUACUCUGACACCAAAAAUUGUUUUCAUUUUAGAGAAAUCAAAACGUACUCUUUUUUGCUAAUAUUUUUCUGUUUUUAUUUGAGAGGAAUCCAGUUCAUCGUAUGUUGUAUAAAAUUAACAGUUUAUUAAAUUAGCAUUGUUUUCUUGCCAUAUAUUGUUUGCCUUUUUUAUUUUAGAGAUCCAGCUACAGAUUUCUAGUUUUGUAUUUGUAUGUAAAUGUUUCAUGUAUAUAAAGUUAAUGAUGCCGUUUGUAAAGAUGCAAUAUAAAACUUCAAAAAAGUGAA